AUGCUUGAAGUAUUCUUCACUCUGGCUCCUCGAUCCAGGGCCGUCGAUCAAUACGGAGGCACGCUUGGGGUGCUCCUCUUCAACGGCCGCGCUGGAUCCCUCGUCAGGCUGCUCGCCAUCCCCGCGAAGCCAGUCCCAUACUCGACUCCGCCAGCUAAUACUAAUCGCAUCGAAGACGCCCUCAGCCUCGGGCUAGCUUUUCCGCAAUUCCGCGAUAUCACUCGAUGCCGGGUCCACGAGCACCUUCGCUUGCUGUUCGGCCCAUGGGCGAAUCAAGAGAUUGUGUGCGUGGGAGAAAAUACUGAGCCGGAUGACUUCCCCCCUAUAUUUUCCUCAGAGGAAGAGCUCCAAGCCAUCACUCAACAGCAAUGCGUGGAGCAUGACACAAGCACGCAUCGGAUUAUCAGCAUAGAACCAGCGACACUCUAUGACUAUACCAAAAGCGGAGUUUCGGAAACUCAAAGAGAGCCAUGUAUGCUGGACGAAAUCUUUCGGCUGAGAGAGCAUCUCUCCUCGCGGCAAUGGUGCACGAGCGCCGAUCUCAUCACUCUAGGCCUGCGCCCCCGGAGCGAUCGCGAAUUCCUUCCCCCAAACGAGCCAUGGAUCCUUCGAAACCUCACCAACAAGCAGUUUGUCCGUGCCGAAGCCAUUGCAUUAAAGCCAGAGUUCAUCCACGGCCCGGAUAUUAACGUUAUAGGCUUUGGUGAAGUCUUACUCACGCGGAUCUGCUGGUCUUCUGCGCCCGCCGUUGGCAUUGAGGAUCCCACAAAUAUCUGCAGGGGAGUAUGGGCAGGGCACCGCUUCGACAUAACAACGCUCGCCAGACACCAGAAAGAGACUGGCGAUGGGGACGAUUGGGACGAUGUGAGCGACGAGGUGGCAGAGGAAAUUGCGACUAUCUGGCGAAGCAACUUUGGCGCCGAUUGGCGAGAGUUUCUUUGCGAAUUUGGGUAG